GUUUAGAGUUGUGCUUACUAUUUCCCAGUAGCCAGUGAAGGCGUCGCGUUUGCGUGCUUUCGUCAUCGGCGAAGCGUUCUUCUGUACCCUGCAUGGACAAAUCUAUUGUAGUGAUGUUUGUUGUUUCCCCGCAAACAUGGACGCUCAGAAUUCGUAUCUCAGCUGCGCCAUAUGCCUGGAGCGCUUCAGGUACCCUGUGACCAUCCCCUGCGGCCACACCUUCUGCAAGGACUGCAUCAGCACGCACUGGGACACCAGCGGCAGGUCGAACAAAAGCCCCCACUGCCCCUUCUGCAACCAGGAGUUCGCGUCCAGGCCGGUUCUGAAGCGGAACGUGUCGCUGUCGGUGCUGGCCGAGUCCGCCAACAACACGGGCCCCUCCUGCAGGGAGCCUCUGCUGAGGCCGGGGGACGGGGCGAGGACUUUGCUGCUCUGCGAUCGCCACAAGAAGCCCCUGGUUUAUUACUGCAGGCAGGACAAGAUGCCCGUGUGCUGCGAAUGCGGCAUCACGGAAUGCGCCAACCACGACAAAGUCAUGCUGGAGGCUGAGAAGGAGAGUCAAGAGCUGUUGCUUGAAAGAAAGAGUAAGGAAGUGGAGAAACGGCUUGAAGACACACAAAAGAGUAUAAAUGACUUGGUGGAGAACAUCAGCCAUGCUAAGGUGACUCUAGAGCAGACUUCGUCUUGGAUGAGGGCCAAGUUCUCGUCUCUGAUCAAGAUUCUCACCGAGAAGCAGGAGGCCACGGAGCUGUUCAUCGAGCAGCAGAAGCAGGAGGCCAUCACGGAGGCGCAGACGCGGCAGACCUGCCUCCAGCAGCGCUUGCUGGUCCUCCAAGAGAGCCAAGCCCAAAUAGCAGCUCUGCACGAUCUCGCCGACGCCGACCUCAUCAGGGAGUCGACGCGGGUGGAAGUGCCACGUUUCAGCGACGUUCCCACAGACGUGUCGUCAAACCUUCUGGAUCGGCUGAACGGCGUCACAGACGUUCUGACCCGAGUCUCCAAGCUGGUUUCUGAGGACCUGGAGAGAGCCGUGUGCACCACGGUGCUUCAGGACAACGACGGCUCUCCUCAGGAUAAGAGGCCAGUACUUGCUGUGGUUCCCAGUCCGGCUACUCCGUGCCUCCCUGGUGGGAAGGAAGGCCUCAGUGCCUAUCGGUGCUCUCUGACGUUUGACCCUCGGACGGCCAACGAACACCUGUCUCUGUCUCAUGAGAAUCGGAGGGCGGAGCACCUGACCUCCGGACCGCGCCCGGUCCCAGCUCACGAGGCUCGCUUCGACCACACCUGGCAGGUUCUCUGCUUCCAGGGCUUUAAAAAGGGACAGCACUACUGGGAGCUGGAGGUGUCCAAGCCUUGGGCCUACCUCGGGGUAACUUAUGAAACCAUCCCCAGGAAGGAGAAGGGGAAGCGGUGCAUGGUGGGUAUGAACGAACUGUCGUGGAGCCUCCAGCUGGACGAGCACCAGCUCUCCGCCUGGCACAACGGCAGACGGGAGACGCUGGUCGGCCACUCCCAUCACAGCCGCAUCGGCAUGCUGCUGGACUACGAGGCGGGGACGCUCACCUACUAUGGCGACGGGCAGACGAGGCUCCACGCCUUCCACUGUGCCUUCACCCAGGAGCUGUUCCCCGCCUGCUGGAUAGGGGAGGGAGUCAGCAUCACCCUCUGUUCCCCGUGAGCCUCCUGCUCAUUCGACACAGAGAAACUUGUGCGAUCUGUUAAAAAAAAAAAAAAAAAAAAAACUUUUUCUCCACUUGUACUACUCUCCUCUCACCACUUGGUGGCGACAGAAACUGAAUCCUUGCAGCUUUCACUCCAUUUUAUCUAAACGAGUUAAUGUUUCACACGUUGGAAGAAAUCAGCUUCAACGUGACUCCAGAUCAACUCCUCUGAUGCUUUCACUGCACCCAGUUGAUCCUCGUCUAGAGCAACACGACGAGCUUUUAACGCUGAAGAAAAUGACUUCAAACAUGGGGGUUGCCAACACUUAAUGCAAUCCUUAUUUAAACUUUUUUUUAAAAAUAUGUUUACCGAAAUGAAGAGGAGCGCAGUGACAAUUAUCACUAUUGGUGUUUUGCAUUGACGGGACUAUUGUGAUGUUUUCAUGUUAUUCAACAUACAGCUGUAUUGUGCGUACAGGACGGACCGGCUGAUGGUAUGCUGCCAAUUUGUGUCGCAAAGAGUUUCAAUUAGUCUGUUUUGAAUUAGCUUCAAAGGAAUACUAUUAUUUGCCUUCCUGCGCUGAACUUGCAAACAAUCAUCCUGGGCAUGAAUGCAACGCUAACCAGCUACAUUUAUCCAAACGUGUCAGUUUUCGUCUCUGACCAUAAAACAUUUAUGCAGGAGAUGUUGAGCUUGUCCGUGUGGCCAGCUGGAGGUUUCGUUUGAUCGGUUUGUGUUAUUAAUUUGUCUCAGUUGGUGCUGGUGUUGGGUUUGUUGUCCAAAAGCUUCAAUGUUCAUCCAAGCUGGAGGACAAUCAUCCUAAACAUGUCAAAACUGGAGUUCUGGAUUUUGAAAUACUAGAAUGUUUUCCCAAAGCGGGAUCCUGGUCCCAAUGAAAAUUUGACAUGGAAAAAGUCAAGCCUGUGGACAAAAUCACUGGGAAGGAAGGCCUCAGUGCCUGUGAGUCCUGCUUUUUACACGCUGCGUGACUGAAACUUUAGCUUGACAGAGCUAAAGUGUCAGCUUCAACUGACACGUUGAAGCUGAAUAAUUCUACUGUGGAAAAAGAUUGGUUGAACUGCACAACUCCAUUCAGUGCCACUUCACAUGUUGGAAGAAUAACUUUGUCACCUGCUGCAAAGAAAAUCCAUUUUUGUUAACAGGUUUUAAAAAAAAAACUACUACUGAGAAAAGAGCUCUUGGACUUUCAGCAUGACAGCAGAAACUGAUUCCUGCAGUGUGAUGCUGGAAUCUGCAGCACUUUCUAGAUGUUUUCAGUAUGUUUAUGACAACCAGCCAUGUUUUUUUUUCUUUCCUUUUUUUAAUUAAGCACUUUUGCUGAGCUCCGCUGUCAACCUUUGGGCAUGUUGAGGUACUUGAGGCUCAGGAUUUUUGGGAAACUGCUGUGGAUAUGCACAAAACGCUGCAAAAGACGGAAUCGGAGCACUUUUCCUGACGUAGAAGCAUCAAUCUAGAAUGAGUUUGUCUCUAUCGUGUUUAAAGAAGAAAUUUAAAAUGUGACAAGAAUCCUGACUGGAAAUAAUAAAAAAACAAAACUCCCCGUUU